AUGGCAAGAGUAAACGCCUUGUUUGAUACUGACGACGACGAAGAUACAAAUAAUUUACGUUAUUUCGAUAUUCCUUAUGCUGCGAAUAAUGACAAACAAUCUUUGUCUAUUAUUCUGAACUCCCCAUUGUUACUAAUAGAAGAAGCUAUUAAACCGUUAGUCCAUUUAAUUGAUGAUAUUGCAACAAAGGUCUAUAUUAUUAAACAACAAUUAACUGCCGAUGAUACUAGUGAUCUAACACUAAACGAGUUAGGAGCCAUUCAUCUAUACAUUUCGGAAGGAUCACCACAUACAAAAUGUAUUUAUUUUCUUCUUAAUGAAGCAAUUCGUCAUGGUUUUUCAGAAGAACUUCAAAUAUGGCAUCCAUAUUUAAACUUAUUAUUAACAGCUCUUGGUAAAUUACCAUCAAUAGGACAUCAUUGUACAGUCUAUCGUGGUGUACGCUCAUGUGACUUAUCCGAUGAGUAUAAAGAUGACGGUAUAUAUACAUGGUGGACUUUUGGUUCAUGUUUACAAUCGCUUGAUCAAAUGAAAUUACCCACGUUUUUAGGGAAACAAGGCGUACGUACUAUAUUUAAAAUUGAUUGUUAUAGUGGAAAACGACUUCCAUUGUCAGAAGAUGACGAAGUUAUAUUGAUGCCAGGAUUUCAUUUUCAAGUUGUUGGAAAAUUACGUUCACUAGAUGACUUAAACACAAUUUAUGUUCGAGAAAUACCACCAUCCUCAACUGAAAUCAUGCCACCUGUACAAAUUGUUAAGACAGCUGAAGCACAUCAAGAAUCAUUGCCAUUAGUAGUUAAAACAAAAGAACAACGAAAAUCAACGAAAUCACGAAAAAGUUUCAAGAAUACUGCACAUCGAGUAAUAAAAAUGUCAAAAGUAGUACAGGUGUGUUCGGAUCAUAUCCUUGAAUUAUCUGGUAAGAAAUUGCCUAUUGACGAUUUAAAACACAGUCUGAAUGAACGAUUAACACAAGAAAUAUCAAUUCUAAAUUUGUCUAAAACGAAUUUAACAAAAGAAAAAGUAAAAGUCGUUGCUGAAAUAUUACGAACGAAUCUUACUCUUAUUGAACUUAAUUUAAGUUAUAAUCCAUUUGGUAAUGCUGGUUGUUUGUUAAUCGCUCAAGCAUUACACGGUAAUAAGCAUUUAAUAACAUUGAAUUUGUACAAUACAAAACUGUCUUGUGACGCUGGUCAAUAUCUAGCUGAAAUGUUGUCAUUGAAUCAUCAUCUACGUUCUCUACAUUUGGGUGUUAAUUCACUUGGUAAUUUGGGGGUAAAAUAUUUACUAUAUGGUAAUAUAGAAUUGCAUCAUUUGAAUUUAUGCUGUAAUAGAAUUGAUCAAGACGGUUGUCAGUACUUAGCUGACUUAUUAGAGAAAAAUCAAACACUUACACAGUUAGAUGUGGGUGGUAAUCCAAUUAGAGAUAAGGGAAUUAAGAUAAUUUGUCAGAGUUUAAUGAGUAACAAGACAUUAAUUGAUUUACAUGUGUGGCAUUGUCAAAUCAGUAAUCUCGAAACAAUAUGUAAUUUGUUAAAACCACAUUCGACGCUGACACAAUUAGAUUUGGAAGGAAACCAAAUAACAGACGAACAUGCUGACGUUUUAUUAUCUGUGGCAGAAACUAGCAAAACAUUAGAAAAACUGAAUAUUUCUGACAACAAAAUUUCUGAUAAAUUCAAAAAAACAUUUCAACAACCGACAACACUUCGUUUAUCUAUAAUUCUCUAG